AUGUUUCCUUGUCACAAGCUCUUGUUCUGUUCUCGUUGCUCUCCUGGUAACCGACUCGGCUUGGACAAGACUAUUCGCUGCCUUAACCCUUUACUUGACCUCCCGUUGCUGAACCCGGCCCGUGACCUGAUUAUUCUUUGCCUACCGUCUAGUACUGUCUGCUCCGUUGUUAUUGACCCAGCCUGUCUGACUACACUACGUGUUCCCAUCUAGCUGCCCUGUUCCCCGCACACCUCUGACGGUGCCCUCUACCACAGCCGGACAUACUCAGGGGUCGCGACCUGGUCUCAGUCUGCUCCAAGUCCAUCCCCACCAUCAGGGGCCCUGGUGAACAAGCAGAUUGGGACUUAGACUCCACGCCCUGGGGAACCCCGUGCCGUGGGCAGCUAGAGACACCGCCAGGCGGUGCAUGACAGUGCCAAA